AUGAUUGUGCAAAUCAACCCCGGGAACCGGCUCGUCAAAUCGAAGCAAGUGGAACGUCAACUGGAUGCCCUCGUCAGAAACAUCCUUGCCAAGCACGACGAGGCGGUGCGUGAGAAGCUGCAUCCGGAACAGAUUCGAACCGCGAGUACCGUGUCGAAUGACACAGAACGCAGAAGUGUCCACAAAACUUACGAAGUCGCUUUCUGUGCCUUGGAUGCUGGAAAGGAGGGCGAGAACGGCGGGUUCAUCGUCAUCCGUGCCGGGGAGGAACUGGACUUUCAAGGGCUGUGCGGGGAGGUGGGCAUGAUGGUCGAGGAAUAUCCUGGCGUGAUUCGCGGCAUCGGCCACCAGGACGGACGCUCUGUUGAACUUUGA